CACUAGUAUCCUUUUUGUCCUCACUAGUAAGACAAUUCAACAUGCUAGUAGAACAACCAGGGCACUCGAGAAAUAGUGUCUGACUAGUAAAGCUUUUUUUUUUGCACCUUUGCCUUCCACUCCUGUGUAAAAUCUCUGCGCAUUAGUCAGAAAGCGUUGCCAUACUCCUUUGCAAAACUAUGCACGAAUAUCUGUAUACUACCACUACCCGAGAGAUGCUAGAUUUUCACAAUUUUUAUGUCACUGUCAGAAUUGGUGACAUGCAGUUUUCAACUAGUUUGCCGUUUUGCCUCGCUAGUCACAUGUAGUUGUUCUACCUGUGCGCCCUCGUCUUUCUGCUAUUCAGAACUGUUCUAUCUACUUACGAAUGAAUAUUUAGAGCCUACUCGUAGAUAGACAAUUCGUUGCACUAGUAGAUGAUCGAAAUAAUGCUCCAAUGGCCUGCCAUAGCUUUUGAGCUGUGGUAAUUGUGUCCUGUGUCUCUCAUGUGCAUACACACAGGAGAUGGCUCAUCAGGGCCAAGCGAGCAAGCUUCCCACUUCCUGUUUCUGACAGCACAGAGCACGCCAUGCUAUCUACAACGCACAUACACACAGGAAGGGCUGACAACCACUGGCUGGGUGGCAUGCGGCGUGUCCGUGUGUGUGUGUGUGUGUGUGUGUGUGUGUGUGUGUGUGUGUGUGUGUGUGUGUGUGCUGCUUGAUUUUUUUUUCCAGGAAAGGAGAGGAGGAUAGAAGCCACUUGAAGUGAUGUGCAGCGGAUCCUGCCACAGAUGAAAGUGACUCUGAAAGCUGGACAUGGGAGGGGCUCAAAUCAUGUGAUGGAAAGCAGCAAGAGGGGGAAAAAAUGAAAUGAGAAGAACAAACAGCAGCAGCAACACGGGCGGCUUCCAUUCUCCCGUUAAUGAACGGAAGCACCGGACGUCGCACCCGAAAGACGUUCCCGCUGGAUGGACCCGAGCCGCUCGCAUCGAGGCCUUCGGGAGUCUGCCGAGCGCCGUCCGACAUGCACUUCUAUCACCAGGGGGGCCUCACGUGGGCCAACAUGUUGGGUCAGAGCGUGCGACUCCAGUCCGUUAGCAUCCAGAACCUAUCCGAAGUGGAGCGAGCGAGACUCCAGCAAGUGGCCUUGUUCCACCUGGACCAGAAGGACCUCCACUUGAAGAUCAGCAUUCCCAGAGAAAUUCGCAAACGGCGAAAGUCGCUGCGCAGGAAGUUUGACUCAUUUUCCAAGGAAAAAAAAGAGCGUGAAUCUGCCCCCAAGGCGUUCGGCAUCCCGCUGUCGCAGGUCAUCGCCAACGACCGGGCCUUGAAACGCCGUCAGGAUGCUGUGAAGGAGAGCCGACGGGACUGCUUGGAGCUGGAGGCGAGCAUCCUGCGGUUCCGGGCCGAGCAGCGGCAGCUGCUCUCGGGGAGCGCGCGCCCCUCAACGCCCGCUAACUCCGUGGCCCCGGCGCCGCCGCGCUCCGUUUUGGACACCGUUGGGCGAGGACAGAGACGGGGUGGGCUCUCCGUCGACUCCAUCUCCGAUCUGGUGGACAGUCAGUCCCGCUUGUUGGAGGCGCUGCAGCUCUCCCAUCCAGCAGAGCUGGAGCUGAAGAAGAACGGCGGCGGCUCGUCAGAGGGCAGGAGCCAAAGCAGGCUGAGCCUCAACCCGUUUUACCCGCAGGUGCCUCAAGUUCUGGAGCGCUGCUGUGGCCACAUCGAGGCCCACGGUCUUCAGACUGUGGGCAUCUUCCGAGUCGGGAGCUCCAAGAAGAGGGUGCGGCAGCUGAGGGAGGACUUUGACGCGGGCAUGGACGUCCAGCUGGACGAGGAGCACAGCGUGCACGACGUGGCUGCCUUGCUGAAAGAGUUUUUGAGAGAAAUGCCGGACCCUCUGCUGACCAGAGAGCUGUACCCCGCCUUCCUGCACGCCAACCUUCUUGGAGGAGAAGAGCAGCUCCAGUACCUGCAGCACCUCCUCUACCUGCUGCCUCCUUGCAACUGUGACACGCUGCUGCGCCUCCUCACUUUCCUGCACACGGUGCACAGCUUCGCCCAGGACAGCGUCGGCGCCAACGACGAGGAGAUCCCCGGAAACAAGAUGACGGCCGCCAACCUGGCGGUCAUCUUUGGACCCAACCUGCUCCAAAGGGAACGAGGAGGAGAGGCCGGUCCACAGGCCGUGGGCAUCGAGGACAGCACGGCUAUUAUUAACGUUACUCUGGCGCUCAUGCAGAACUACAGGAGACUUUUCAUGGUGUCAGCCGAGCUGCAACAGGAAGUCCUGGUGAGUCUGAUCCAGACCGACCCCGACAUCAUCGACUAUCUCCUCCGCCGCAAACUCAGCGGCAGUUACGUGACGACGGAGAGCGGCGCCGGCUUGGGCGGCCGCCGGGACACGGGAGCGUCUUUGGACUCUGUCGGGGCCUCCACUGGGAGUCUGUCCCCGACCCCGAUGGAGCCCCGCUCAUCGCUUGAGGGCGGCCUAAGUAGCCAAGUCUUCCUCAGCGUGCUUAAGAUGAACCAGAGCAGGAAGCAGCACAACAGCAGAUACGAAGUCCGGCCCAGCAAAUCCAUCCGCCACAUGCGCCAGUUCCACUCCCACCACAACCUGCUCAGUCUGGCCCAACCUGCCUUAUGUGCCGUGUCUUCCACCUCCAGUCAGCAGUACCCGGCGGAUGCGAGCAGCGUUUGGGUGAGACAGGCGCCCCCCGAGGAAAGCAAAGCCAGCUUCUGGGACUUUUUCACAGGGAAAGGCUCGGGCUCCGAGACCUUGGUGUGAUGGUGGUGGGCUGUGUUCUGAAUCGGUGACUUGUUCCCUACUCCCGUAUAGUCUUAUCACAUUGCAAGAACACUGCAAAAUGGCUGCCUCACAAUAUAAAGGCUUGGGAGUGAUUAUCAACACAAUCGAGGGGAUGCUGACGGACAAACGAAAUAUGUGUGCGACUGACUUGACUUUUUCCUUUGACAAUCUGAGGGUGUGACAUGAAGGAAUCAUUCUGUGUACAAACUGUAACGUACAUUUUUUUUUUUUAAGAGCCACACAAACAACUCCAGCUAUUUUGUUCAAUCUAUUUUCGGUAAAAUGCAAUAAAGUGUCCACUGUACAUAUGACCUAAAAA